AUGACAGAUUGGGCAGCGGCUCCUAUAGGAGGCUCAUUCAGUUGCGCACGACUCAGUGACAUCAAUGGGGGACGAGGGAUCCUGAAAAAUGACUCCAGCGUCGGUGUGACGACAGCGACCGGUGAGUAUAAAAGCUCCCGAUGCAAAGUUGUCAGCUCAUACCUUCAGACUCGGCCUUCACGGGUCACCAGCAACUGCGAGGAGCUGAGAGAGAGUGCGACGAUCAUCAGUGGACGAACGAACACAGUUUGGAUACUUCUGACGACUCAAUAACUACAAUGAAGUCGAUAUGCCUUCUCAUCUUGGCUUCCCUCGUGCUCUGCAACUUGGCGCUGUGUGGAGGACAAGGCCUCCCUGCUGAUGAUGACACGGACCGAAGAACCAUAGACGACAUCCUACUGCAGAGAGCGGAGAGUGUCCUGCUGCGCUCCAUUCUCAGGAAGAUGCAGGACGAGGACGACAGAGACGGAUUUUCCUCUCAGCCAGAAUGGGUGACAAAACGACAGCAUCCGGGCAAACGGUACAGCGACAGUUUGGAGAAGCGGCAGCACCCGGGAAGGAGAGAGUUAGACUUAGAGGACGAGGAUGAGCAGUACUUGGAUGUUCAGAGGAGACAACACCCGGGAAAACGCGAAGAUGAAAUGCACUCGUUCACGGAGAUCCAGAAAAGGCAGCACCCGGGAAAGCGCUCCAUGGCGGCGCGCGUUUCUGGCGAGCCCCUUAUAGUCGUGAGUGAACUUUCGAAACGCCAGCACCCUGGCAAGCGCUUCCUGGUGCUGCAGACCAAACGCCAGCACCCAGGUAAGCGCCAAAGCAGCGAGGACGAGGACGCGGAGGAUGGGGACUGGGAUGCGGGCGCGGAUGGAGACGAAGACCUCGUGGAGUUGGAAAAGCGUCAGCACCCAGGAAAGAGGCUUUGGGAUAACUCGAGUCCGGAUUUGGGCACGAACAGUCCGUGUGACGUUUUGGACCCUACGAGCUGCAGCAAAGCCAGCCUGCUGCUCGACUUUUUAGACAACAUUAACAAGAGCCACGCCGAGGAGAAGAGACAACACCCGGGCAAAAGGUUUGCACCGGAGGAGAAUUUAGUCAAAGACGGGGAGUAGAUUUAGCGAAAACAGCCUCUGGUGUGCGUGUACUACUGUAUUGUAAACAAUGUGUAAAUUAAGUAACCAUAGUGGAUUAUUAAAACUGAUAAAACUACAACAUUUAACCUUCUGUACCACUGUUGUUGUCCCUUUGGCAAACCGUUGCUGUAUCACCACUGCAAAACAUGAAUCUGCUGUUAGUUUAUCACGAGAGUCUGUGCGUAAAAUGUCCUCCAAACUGACCUCAUCCAUGUAAAUAAGGUUCUUAUAAGACUGUGUUUUAAUUGUAUUAUUAUUUAUUAGCACCAUCCAGUAUUAUUCAGUUGAAACCAAGUCUAGGAUUAAAGGAUUAGUCUGCUGGCUUUUGCGAUGUCGCCUCUGUGAGGAGACACAUGCUUGUCAGUGAAUCCAGUGAAAGUGGCUGCGUUUACACUUGUGCAUAAAAAACCCUACUUCACUGACUGAUCUGUGUUUUCAUUCUUUUCUAAUUAGUACUGUUUGCAAAUAUAUGUAAUGAAUCCCACAGCAGCAAAUCAAUUGUGUCAUGGAUUUUUCUACACAUUGGCAGUGGCAUGCAGGGAGUGAACAAAAAGUCCAGAUUCCCCUUUAUUUUUAGUAGUAGUAGUAUUAAUUGGAAACAAAGUAACUGUAAUUCAAUAACAAUACACUCAUGC